CUUCGGAGUAACCGUCACUGUAUUGAACUCCGAGAAUACUGAACUGCUCAAACUGCAACUCCCUCCCUCGAAACACCCUUCCUCCACCCACGGUUCCUUCCUCCACCCACGGUAGCUCCUCGUUAAUGAAAGGAAAGAACAAUAUCGAUUGAAGUUGGGAAGACUGUAUUCAUCUAUCAGCAUUGCUGUGUACAAGAUGGAAUUCAAAACUUCCAAGUACGAUUUUGAGGAAGGGAAUGUUAUGGGAGAACCAGUGAGCCCCAGCAGCCAAUCUCUGAGCACCUCUGUAAUGACUCUGGGUAUAAAUAUUAUUUUGGAGUUUGAACAACCCAUUCCAGAUAUUGAUUGUACCUUGACAAGGCUUGCAGAUGCACUCUUGCCCAAGAACCCACUUUUCUCCUGUAUUCUGGAAGAGAAUGAGAAGGGAGCAAUGAUGUGGAAGAAAACAAAAGUGAAGGUGGAUGAUCAUAUAUUUAUUCCAAAGUUUCCACUUGGACUAGAGUGCUAUGAUUCAUUGGUGAAUGAUUAUGUUUGCAACUUACAUCUAAGACCCUUCAAUUACUCCAUUCCUCUGUGGGAAUUCCAUUUACUUACCUACAAAACAAGUCAAGCAGAAGCCACCUGGAUAAUUAGAGUUCACCAUGCAGUUGGAGAUGGCAUUUCUUUGAUGUCUACAUUAUUUUCCUUUGUGACCAGAGCUGACAACCCUACUCUAUCCCCCACAUUUCCUCAACCUAGAAAGCUUAAUGUCCUUAUGGAAAAGAAAUUACAAGGUACCCAAAACUGGUUUAUUUUGAAACAUUUUCAAAUGCUUUGGUGUAUGGUGUUGGUGUUGUGGUACACAAUGCUUGAUGUUAUACAUUGCUUAUUGAGAGUGAUGGGAUGGAUGGAAGAUAGUAAGCUACCAAUGAGAGGACCUCCUGGAGUGGAAUUUUUACCCAUAUCUGUUUCUCAUAUUGAUUUCUCCUUGCGGGAUUUGAAGCAAAUAAGAAAUAGAAUUGGAGGGACAGUGAAUGAUGUGAUGUGUGGAAUAAUUUUCUCUGGAUUUCAACGCUAUGUGCAAAUUUCUCUUUCCACUGGCGAAGAACAAAGUUUAGAAGAUGCACAUGAAAAGAGAUCAAUUCCAAAUGAUACUAAAAAGAUGAAUGAUAAAAGAGCUACUGCACUUACAAUGAUCAAUACAAGAAUACUUACCGGUCUAGAGAAUUUAGAAGAGAUGAUGAAAUCAAAUACUCAAGUUCGUUGGGGAAAUCACUAUGCAAUGUUGCAAGUGCCAAUACCUCUAAAAAAUAUGGAGAAUCCUUUAGAGUUUAUUAAAAUGGCAAAGUGUACAAUCGAUAGACAGAAAAUGUCAUUUGGAGUAUUUGCUACUACCAAAAUAUUGGGCUAUCUAGGGAGAUUUAGAGGAGCCAAGGCACUUGCAAAAUGUGCAUACAAGACUAUUGCAAGCUCAACAAUGAUAAUAUCUAAUAUGAUUGGUCCUAAGGAAAAGAUAGCAAUUGAUGGAAAUAUAGUAAAACGCUUUUCCUUCUAUGUAUCGGGAGGACCAAUAACACUUGCGACGUUCAUUAUAAGCUACAUGGACACAAUUACUGUACAAGUGUUGGCACAAAAAGAUUAUAUCAAUAUAGAUGUCUUAUUGAAUCUUUUUAGAGAAGCUUUUGAAGAAAUAAAUGAGGCCUCUAUUCAUGGUAUAUGACAUUGUAGUAUAGAAAUUCCCAAAUCAGCAUAUUAUUGAUGUAUAAAACAUUCUUCAUAAGACAUUUUCUAAUUACUCUAUAUUAAUAUUUAUAUGUUAUUUAUG